AUGUCUACUUCCGUAUUACCAACAAUUCAAAGUCGUAUUAAUUCUUACGGAUACCCAAUUGCAUUAAUCUUGGGAAAUCUUGGCAAUUUUCUAAUUGUAAUCUUGUUUAGUCGACACCGUCAAAACACAUGUUCAAUUUAUUUGAUUUGUUCGACUGUUGCGAACGAUUUGUAUUUAACAUUCAACAGUCUGGUCCAAAUCUAUCCAUUUUCGUAUGCGGAUGAAAACACGCGUGCUUAUGCUUUGUGCAAAAUACGUUUUUACGUUUCAAAUGUUCUUGGACAAAUUGCAAAGACAAUUAUUAUUUUAACAUGUAUCGAUCGAUAUCUGUUCACAAGUCAACAGGCAACAUUUCGAGCAUUCAGUACACCCAAACGAGCGAAAUGCUUAAUCCUUGUAACUAUUCUUUCCUGGCCAUUGCUUGCCAGUCAUAUUGCUAUAAUGACAACUUUAUCCAACGGACAAUGCGGAACAUUCGGCAUUUAUUCACUAAUUUACACAAGUUACACAAUUGUAUUCGUUGGAUUCCUCCCGCCAAUGAUACUGAGUGUUAUAGGAUAUCUCACAUACUGCAAUAUGAAGCAAAUAUACAACCGUGUACAACCGGGUUCAACAAAUCAUAAUCAAACGAAUCUUGUCAUUCGACGACGAGAUCGAGAAUUAUUGAUUAUAGUUAUUAGCGAAGUGUUUGUAUAUGCGAUUUCAACAACAUUCUAUCCAUUGAUUUUAACUGAAAUGACAAUUAGUCGUUAUGUAAUUGCUAAUAAAAGCGUUCAGUAUUCACAAAUUGAAAGUUUAAUAUUCACAAUAUCAUUUAUGUUAUUAUUUGUGAAUAAUGCAGCACCGUUUUACAUUUAUACUAUUGUUUCAAAAUCUUUUCGACACGAUAUAAAACAACUAUUUAUCAAUUCUGGUCGACGACUCAUCGGUAAACCGAUCACUCAACCUGCAACACGAAGAACGGACGCCACACUCUCAAGACGAGAAUAUCAUGUUUGA